AUGAAGUUAUACACUGUACGGUUCACGAGAUCUACUUUUCUAUUUUCCUAUUGUGACAGUAGGGCGAUCUGUCACCCAGGAUUUUCAACGAGGCAGGUUGAGGGGCUCCAGGGUAAGUGUUUGAUACGGAGGAAAGUGGCUUUUCACUUUCCUCCUUUGUUUGUAAGGUCUGUUUUGGGAUCUGGAGCUUGGAGAUUUCAAAGAGAUCUGGGAGGGAUGAAAUCUCCAAUCCUGGGACCAGGUUUUGGGAUAGGCCAGGAGACUGAUUGCACAGGUGUGUGCAGGCCU